GCAGUCUGUACGAGUCAAGUGUCGAGUCGGACCAGCUGAUGGAGCCGGGCAAAGACGAGAUCAAGGAUGGCCAGUGGCUCGGCGUGACGGUCCGCAGCGCCGGGGUCGGCGGCAAAGUCAUGGUCUGCGCUCACCGUAACAUCGUCAAAAACAAAGACUCCCAGUGGGGCCAGGGCAUGUGCUACAUAUUGACCCAAGACCUCAAGUUCUCCGAGCAAAAGAAGCCCUGCUCCGGCAAACCGACCAUCAGAGCACACGAGCAAUUCGGGUACUGUCAGGCGGGCACCAGCGGAGUGCUCACACCAACGGACGAUUACGUGGUGAUCGGCACCCCGGGUCCGCACACUUGGCGCGGCACCCUCUACGUCAUAACGGUCUCGGACGACUUUAUCGGCAAGGACACCGUAGUCUACAGCUCCCCCAUGCAGGAGGACUCGCCCGUAUCCAAGUACAGUUAUUUAGGCAUGUCGGUGACUGUCGGGGACUUUUUCGGCAACGGAUUGGCCUACGCUGCUGGGGCUCCCCGGUCCAACGGCACCGGCCAGGUCGUCCUGUUCACGCGUCACUUCCAAAAGCCCAUAAUGGAAGUGACGAUGAGCCUCAACGGCGAACAAUUUGCCUCGAGCUUCGGCUACGAGAUAGCGGCUGCCGACGUCAACGGCGACAAGUUGUCGGACCUAAUAGUCGCCGCGCCCUUUUACUACGGGAAAAAGGAGGGCGGCGCGGUUUACGUUUACACGAGGCUGUGCAAAAGUUCCCGGGAGAGCGACAAGUGCAAGCCCACCAAGUUGGUCGGUAGCGAGGAGUCGAGGUUCGGUCUCGCGCUGACGAAUUUGAAGGACAUCAACAACGACGGGUUCGAAGACAUAGCCGUUGGGGCUCCUUACGAGGGCAUGGGCACCGUGUACAUAUACCUCGGCUCGAAGAACGGACUGAUCACCACACCGUCGCAGGUGAUACAUUCGGAGAGUACCCCGGUGCCAUUGAAGACGUUCGGCUACUCGCUCAGCGGUGGCAUCGACAUGGACCUGAACGGCUACCCCGAUCUGUUGGUCGGAGCUUACGAGGAGAACGCGGUUGCCCUGCUACGGGCCAGGAGGAUCAUCGACAUCGUGACGUUUGUCCGGUUUCCCCAGAAGGACGGCUCUAGCAGCGACAGAAUGGAACCCAUCGACCCCAACAGGCUCGGCUGCCUCGAGAACCCAAACUCAAACUACACCUGCUUUUCGUUCGAGGCUUGCUGCAAGACUGCCUCGUACGUCAAAGAGGAGCACGUGCGCCAGUUGAGACUGACCUCGUACAUCGAGGCGGAGACUUACGCGGGGACGAAAAAGUUUUCUCGCGUCUGGUUCGGCAGCGGGAACAACCGGCCGCACUACAUCAGCCGCAUCGCCACCCUCGACUCGAAGAAUCUCAUCUAUUGUCAGAAGGAGGUGGUCUAUUUGAAGGACAACACGCGGGACAUUCAGUCGCCGAUCAAGUUCCGGCUGAACUACACGCUGAUACAAGAGGAGCCCAAAUUGCCGAGGGAGGGCGCGCCCCUGCCCGACAUCAACAACUACCCGAUCUUGAACCAGCAGGAGGCCGCGCGCGUCUUCGAGGCCACCUUCCAGAAGGAUUGCGGCAACAACGACAUAUGCGAGAGCGACCUCAGGCUCUCGGCCAAGCUGAACCUCCAGCCCUCGCCGACGCAAAAGAAUUACUACGAGUUGCUGUUGGGUGAGAGCGAGGAGCUCGUGGUGGACGUGAACGUGACCAACGUGGGCGAAUCCGCGUACGAGGCCCAAUUGUUCCUCGUGCACUCGCCGAGUCUCAGUUACAUCGGUACCAAGCAAAACGAUUCAGCUACCUGCAGUUUGCACAACACCACCGUCAUAUCCUGCGCGAUCGGCAAUCCCUUCAAGAAGAACAAGUCCCUCAGCGUGCAAGUGAGAUUCGAUCCCAAGUAUCUCGAGGACAGUGAAGUCAAAAUCGGGUUCAUCGCUUUCGUCAAUUCGACCUCGAAGGAGGUGAGCGCCAAGAAACCGACCCGCCUACAAGCCACCGUCCUCAAACGAGCCGAACUAUCUGUCAAAGGGAGUGCCAAGACGCAGUGGGCACUUUACGGCGGACCGGUUCUCGGCGAAUCGGCCGUUACGAAGCUCAACGACGUCGGGCCCAAGGUUGCCCACGUUUAUCAAGUGUUUAACGACGGGCCCUGGAAAGUCAGCGCGCUGGACGUUGUUAUAUCGUGGCCCUUCGAAGUCGCGAACGACAAGGCCCACGGCAAGUGGCUGCUGUACUUGGAGGACACGCCGAUCGUUCGAGCUCCAGGAGGGGAACGGAUUGGCGAGUGCCGCGUGCCAGCGGGUCGGGUGAACCCGUUGAAUUUACAGGGUAGUUUUGGCUUGGAGGACAUAGAUCCGCUCUUUUCGACCCAAAAGCCAAGGCCACUCGUCGAUCUCAACGAUACGAGCCAUGCUCGGAGAAAACGGGACACCGAAAAAGUCGUCACGACGAGGAUUGUCGUCGACAAGGAUGGGCAUCGACGCCACGUUGUCACAAUGAACUGUAAAGCAGGUACCGCGAAAUGCUUCGAGAUUACGUGUUCCAUUGUAAACCUGCAGAAGAAGGAGGAAGCAACGAUUAUUAUUAAAGCAAGACUGUGGAACUCGACUUUGGCUGAAGAUUAUCCAAAAGUCGAUAGAGUAAAUAUAGCAUCAAGUGCCAAAAUUAUCAUACCGCCUAACGUUGUUAUACAACAAAACAAUUUGACUGAUGAUUCUGCAGAGGCCAUAACGAUUGCGGAGCCAGAUCUAUUGGAUCAACAAGAACCCGAACCAGUGCCUAUUUGGAUUAUAAUCGUGGCUGUGGUAGCUGGUCUACUGCUGCUCAUUUUGCUUACCUUAAUUUUGUGGAAAAUCGGCUUUUUCAAGAGACGAAGGCCCGACCACACGCUGUCCGGUAACCUUCAGAAGCACAGAGACGAAAAUCCGGAAAACGAAGCUUUGGUCAAACACUCGACAAAUUUGCACUAAAAAUGUAUAGUUCAAGUUUACGGUUUAAAGGCUUUAAAUACUUUUUUGUUGGUAAAUUUAUUUUUUUUAUUGCAAAAAAAAAAAA